GUGCCAGCCACCUCUCUGGAGAAAGCCCUCACGCCCGCGCUCGCACGUACGUGCACAGGGCCAGCAGGGAGAGUGUGAGCCAGAGCUUUUUAGUGCAGGGCGCCUUAAAGCAAUGGCAUCUGCCCUCCACAGCAAAAUCCACACGCCGGGAACCUGCGCGAGCUCUAAAGCCGACGCCCGCACUGGCUCGGACUGGAGAAUGGACUGUGAUCCCGAGAUGCACGUGAAAAUGUGCAAGAAAAUCGCUCAGCUCACCAAGGUGAUUUAUGCCCUGAAUACCCGCCAGGAUGAGGCAGAGGCCAGUGCGGAGUCACUCCGGGAAGCCCACCAGGAGGAGCUCCAGGAUGCAGUGGCUGAAACCAGGGCCAGGCUCCUGCAAGAACAGGGCCGCCCCAGUGAAGAUGCAGAGGCCCUUCUGAAGCGCAUCCAGACCCUGGAGAGUGCCUUGGAGCUGCAGAAGAGGCUGACACAGGAGGCCCUGGCUGAGUCAGCCUCCUGUAAGUUAGAAACCAAAGAAAGAGAGCUGCGGGCAGAGGCUGAGCAUGCUGAACGAGUCCUGACCCUUUCCAAGGAGAUGCUGGAGCUCAAGGCUGAUUAUGAGAAGAGGCUCCAACUGCUGACUAACCACGAGGGCCCCCAGUGGGUCCCACUAUCCCAAGAGAGCCCUGAUGCCACAGCAGAAUCUGGCCAGCGACCAGGGAUGCACCAGGUCCUGCUGGAAGUGGAGCGAUUGCGAUCUGAGAACCAGCAACUAAGUCAGGAUUAUGCCCGCAAAGCAGAGGAGCUACAGGCCACCUAUGAGCGGGAAAAUGAGGCCAUCCGGCAGGCCAUGCAGCAGUCCGUUAGCGAGGCCCUUUGGCAGUGGCAGGAGAAGGAGUCAGGCCUUCGAAAGAACUUCCAGGUCCAGGAGUCAGCCCUGCAGGCUCAGGUCAGGAAGCUGGAAGGGGACCUGGAGCACAGAGGGCGCAAGAUAAGUGACCUGAAGAAGUACGCCCAGAAACUGAAAGAAAGGGUCCAGGACCUCGAUGUGCAGCUGAGGGAGGCUCGGCAGGAGAACUCCGAGUUGAAGGGCACCGCGAGAAAACUCGGCGAGAAGUUGGCUAUUGCCAAAGACAGACUGAUGCUACAGGAGUGUCACGUGACACGGGAAACUGAUGUUGUGAAGACUGAGAACGAAGUCCUGGGGAAAACAAAGGAUCUGGAAGUCUGCAGUCUUCAUCCUCAGCAGGACCGAGGCUUUCCCAAGUUGUGUCACUGCAGUAAAGGAGGCUCAGAAACAAAGACCAAGAAAGGAGCAAGCGGUGAAAUAGAGCGCUUGAAGCAGAAAUAUGAAGAGGACCUUCGUAAAGUCAGACAUCAGACCGAAGAGGAGAAGCAGCAGCUCCGAGAGCAGCUGGGGAAGCACCUGGAGGACCUGGUGAAGAAGCACACUGUGGAAAUGAAGUCGGCGCGCUCUUCUGCGGAGGUGGAAAGAAAGAAACUGAAGGAAGUAGAAGCUCAACUGGAAGAAGUAAAGACAAAAUCAGAAAGGGAAAUAAAGCAACUGGAAGGCGAGAAAGCUGCCCUCAGUGUGAAGCUUCAGAAUUCUCUACUCGAGGAUCCACGCUCGAAGCCACAGGAUCCUUCUCUGGCACUGCCCAGAGAAGAGGGCCCGGAGAAGCCGACAGCCGAAGAAGGAAGCAGCAGCGAUGAAGAAGAAGAAGAAAGGAAUGGAGAGCCCCUCAAGGAAGGAACUGACCUACAACCUCCCCAGGGCUCUGUGCUGAAGGAGAAGGCAGUGGAGAAUGGACAUCAACCAGAGGACUGGCAAAGCCAAAAUGUCAAACUACAAACCCAGGCCUCAGCGGAGCUCCUGAAGGCCUCCGGUCACAGCAUCCAGAGCCAACACCAGGCACACCUACUGGAGCUCCGGGCCCUUGAGGAGGAAGCCAGACAAGAGCUGCAAGAGGAUCAUGAGCAGACACAAGCCCAGCAGCCUCUGCUGCUUGAGUCCCUGAGGCAGGAGCUGGCAGAGCAGCGAUCUGCCUCUGAGCAGCAGAAGGCCCUGGAGGUGCUACCGAAUGAGCAAAGGGCCCCGGGCACAAACCACACCUUCACUGCAGAGGAUGUAGGUGUUACAGGGCCUCCUGGUUCUGUGCCCUGCACCGCAGAGAAAGGGCUCCUGGAGGAGAACGCUCAGCUCCAAGACACUGUACUACGCCUGCGCGCAGAAGUGGAACAGCACCUGCAGGAGGCGCUGCAGCUGCGCGAGCAGCACCGGUUGCUGGAGGAGGACCAGAGAGCCCAGAGAGCCAUGGAGGUGGAAGCACUCCGUCAAGAACACCGGAAAGAGAUGCAGGCCAUGGUGGCAGAUUUCAGUGGUGCUCAGGCCCGGCUCCAGGCCAGGCUGGCGGCUCUGGAAGCCGAGCUUAAAGAUUCUGGAGAGAAGCCAGGAAAAGGAACCUCACGGCCCGAGGACCUGCAGCUCAUAGGCCGCCUGCAGACACGCCUGAAGGAGAGAGAGGACAUCAUCAGACAGCUGACGGAAGAGAGAAGAUUUCACUACGCAGCCUUCCCCAGUGCAAUGUCCCAUCGGAAUCGCUCCUUCUCCUUCAAUCCUCACCCAGGAUACUUGACCCCUUCCAUGAAGAAAAAGAAGAUGGAGGAAGUGCCCAGCCGAGUGGUCAGCGUGCCAAACCUUGCCUCCUAUGCAAAGAACUUUCUGAGCGGAGAUCUGAGCUCCAGGAUCAAUGCCCCUCCCAUAACAAAGUCACCCAGCCUGGACCCAAGCCCCAGCUGUGGCCAACCCACCAGUUACAAAUCCACCCAGUUACUUGAUGGGAAAACUGCCACAAGGGCACAAGAUGGAGAACCAGGUCAAGCCAAAGAGGCCCCACAGAAGCAAGGCUCUCCGCAUCAGGAGUGGUUUACCAAGUAUUUUUCAUUCUAAGCUCGUCUUUGGGAUCUGUUCCAAGGAGUGCAUUAGAAAAUCGUUUCAACCAUCUGAAAGAAUGAAUUAAAAUCAUCCAGCCAGUACUAGCUGGUACUUUCAUGUGAUAGAUAGCUAAAACAAAGUGUGGCAUUAACAUUCCAGUUUCGUUGUGACACCUGCUUACUUUACAAUCCUUAUAGUUAAAGCUGAAACAAGCCAGUUGUUAAAAAAGUAUCCCUUGGAAAAUGCUAUUAAUCUCUGAUGACCAAAUUACCCAUUGUAUUUCCAGUGCCUGUAAUGUCACACUCUACUUGGUGGGAUAUCAGACUAGUGACUGCCAUGGUCUGCUUUAAAAGUGAUUUUUUUCUUGGUCAUCUCCAAAGAAUUAUGCUAUAUAUUUCCACAUAUGUAAGAUGAUAAUUUCAAAAUGCACAUCCAACCUCAAUAUGAAGAGGAAUAAAAUAAAGCCAAUGAAGACAAAACAUCAGACCUACCAGGAAUGGAUUGCAGCAUGCUUGGACUGCAUGUUUUGGCUUCCAAGGUCUAGCACAGGCUGCAGACUACAGAGGGACAACAUCUACCUCAAAAGGGACUUUGCACAAUUAAGGAGCAUAGUCCAGGCGCAGCCAGCCAUCAGCCUGAACGGGAAUGCUCAGUGGAUAGCUGUGUUUCAUCUGCCAGACAUAUUGGCUUCAGUGACCACUGUGCUAACAGUCUUGUGAGGGAUUCCAGACUGUCUGGUCUCUAAUGUCAAAGAUUGAUGGACCCCUGUCCUUUGCAUCUGGGUCACCUGCCUCAGACUUACCUACUGUGCAGACGCCCAGGAGAUCAGGGAACUGUCCAUGGUGCUGAACCUACACUGUCCACCGUGUCUUACCCACUGACAGUAGAGCUGACCCAAGCUUUUAGUGGGUAGAAUCUUUUCUCUCUGGUGCUGGCCCAGCAAGUGGCUUAUCAACAGAUUCAAUUCUAUGCAUUGUCAAAUAUUUGCUCUUUGAAUAAAACUCUAAACUGGGCAAUAAAAAUGGCUAUGGUUUGUAUAAUUAGAUGAAGAUAAAGCUCUGAAACAAAUUCCACAUUAAGCUCAAUCAGAUCGUCUACAAAUAAAAUGUAGGUGAUUAGAUCACUUUUAGAGAAAUGUAACUAAAACAAGUUAAAAGGCAAACAAGACUAUGUUUUUCUUUCAGUGUUAGGAUUUGCAAACAAGACUUUUUUUUUGCUUUCUGUGUUAGAAUCUUGCCCCUGGUUAGGGAAGUGUUACACCACUGAACUACACUGCCAGCCCUGUGACACAUUUUUGAAUGUAAACGUUUGUCACCAUAUUUGGAACGUCACACUAUUUUUCAGUGCCAACUUCUUGUCUUUCCUGCUCAGGAUGUGUCUGAUAUAACCUGAAGACACUGCACGGUUGGGCUGCUGCACUAAAUCAAGACAGGGUUAAUUUAGACAACAGAAAUGGAUGACUUGAGGGCUAAGAAAACCUAGCAGAGUGAGAAACCAUUCUUUAUAAAUCUCCACGACAGGACUUCAUGUGCAACGAAGCUGGUUUAGGCUUCUUAAGAAUGGAACCCACGUGUUGGUAUUUCCUCCAUAUCCACCCUUGUCUUAGUGCAUCUCCAUUUUAACUCAAAAGUAUGGAAAGUUCUACUUAUUGUGUUAGGUCAGCACUAGAGAUGUUUAGAUUAGGGAGCAUUUUGGAUUAGGAAAUGCCCAGUCUGUUUCCUACUAAGUAUCAAGUUCCAAUAUUUGAUAAUUAGCAGUGUACAUUGUGUUUUUAUUGAAGGCUUUAAGAAAUUAGCUACAGAUGGUUCUGCUGUUUU